GGUCUCGACCUUCGUCGUGGAAGGACGUUCUCUUCGAGCCGCGUUUAUCGGCGUCGCGACGAUAACGCCAUCGUUGACAUUGUGCGAGGAGAGCGCGGACACGAAUACGACUCGAAUAUACCAAUAAAUCGAGGGGGAAAGAAAGCUCUUACAUAUUGCAUCGUUAUUGUUCUUAAUACUUGGAAAUAACACUCGUGGAAAUCGAUUAAAGUCGUUCAACGUUAAAGUCGUCUAACCAGUGUCGGCACGAUAUCACGAAAAUUUCUCUGUCUCUUUCUCUCCCCUUCUCUUACUAUCGCUUGUGUUUCCCUCGACGAAAGAGCAUAGUUACUGGCUUAUCUCGAGUGUCGGAUAAGUGUCCUUGCCUGAAUUCCUGGAAUCGUUUUCAUCUACCGCCACAGGUGGACUCAUUGAGGAUUUUCGCUUUUGUGGAUACUCUCUACUUGCCUGCCACUGAUGUGUUAUGUUAAAUCGUUUCCCCGCUGACGUCGUUCCGAAGGUCGUUCCGAAGGGCCAGCGAGAGGAGGCGUUAUAGCUGGGAUCAGGAUGACUAUGGACGUGAGUAAGUCGGAAACGAAUAAAAACGGUUCGACGCAGCAGGAAUGCGCCGGUUGUGGGAAAACCAUCACGGAAAGGUAUCUUCUGAAAGCCCUGGACCUUUACUGGCACGAGGACUGUCUCAAGUGCGCAUGCUGCGACUGUAGGUUAGGCGAGGUCGGUUCUACGCUCUAUACGAAGGCCAACCUUAUCCUCUGCAAGAGGGACUACCUCAGGCUCUUCGGGAAUACAGGAUAUUGCGCAGCCUGCAACAAGUCUAUACCGGCCUUCGAAAUGGUCAUGCGAGCCAGGACGAACGUCUAUCAUCUCGAUUGUUUUGCCUGUCAACAGUGUACGCACCGGUUUUGUGUUGGCGAUCGGUUUUAUCUGUGUGAGAAUAAAAUCCUUUGCGAGUAUGAUUACGAAGCGAGGUUCGCCAAUAUGGCGCCGCAGUCGCCAGCAUCCCUCGCCUAUAUAAAAAGGCAACUACCACCAACGGCGACGCCACCUGGACAGAACGUUCAUCCUGGUCACAAUCCUCUUCAGGGACACCAGGGCAUAGGACAGAUGGUUGGCCCUCAUAAUCACGCGACGAACGGUCAGAUGUCAGGUGGAGGAGGGCCUACGGUAAAUGGAACGGCCAUAGGCGUUGGUGGGCCUCGUGCACCCGGUGACAUGAAUAACAACGGCCUAUCUGGGCCAGGCGGUUUGGGCUCGGUGAAACCACUGCCGAUGACGAUGCAGGCACCGACGAGCUGAGACGAGGCCUUGCCACCCCUGAAGAAGCUCAGAUGUCUCAGCGGUUAUUAAUCGGCCGAGAAAUCGUGUCGAGUGUUGCGCGGCUAAACUUCGUUGGCUAAAACUUCCGUCACUUGAAACGGCGAAAAAUAUCUAAACCGGACGGAGGAAUGAUUUUUCUUUUGUCACGUAAAGGAACUCGACGACAAAAAAAAAUAAAAGAGCGAGCGAGAGAGAGAGAGGGAGAGAGAGAGAGGGGGAAAGAAAGAGGGAGAAAAUAGAAGUGUGACAAUGACGAUGACAAAGUUGAUUCUUGAGAAUCAUCACAUUGUAAAUUAACGGUGCUCGUGGUACACCAUAAACGGACAGUCUGUGUAAGAUAUGUUUCUAAUGAUAAGUAAAGAAAAAAAGAUGAAGAAGGAAUGAGUGAUAUGUGCGAAAGAAAGAGAGAGAGAGAGAGAGAGAGAGAGAGAGAGAGAAUGAUGGAGUCGAUCUGUAAAUAUCCUCACUAAUAUAUCGACUCCACGAGUGGACGCCUGAGGUUAUACGAGUAUACGUCUAACGAUUAAGAUCUUUCUAUGAUUAUUAUUACUUCGUUAAACCGGUUAACGUAAUUCGCUCUCGUUGUUUUUUAAUCCUUCCAAUUAGCCGAUUGUUCGAGCGAGAAAGAGACGGCGACAUCGAGAUAGAGGGAUGAUAAUAAAGAAGAGGGGGAGAGGACGGAAGAAGAAGAAAAAGAAGAAGAAAAAGAAGAAGGAGGAAGAGUACAGAAGCAAAGAAAGUCAAACGAUUCCUGUGUUCUUUUUCAUCCUCUCACAUUUCCUUCUUAUUAUUAUUAUUAUUACUAUACUUCUUCUUCUUCUUCUUCUUCUUCUUCUUCUUCUUUCUUUUUAAUUCUCGUUGAAUAAAUUUAGGAAAUCUUGCCAUUUUUAGUACGAGGACUUUUUCAUGUUCUCGACGUUCCUUAGUUUUUUUUCUUCUUUCUUCUUUUUUUUUUGUUUAUUUUUCAUUUUUUAUUCUUUUUUUUCCCCACCCCUCACAGAGAACGGCACGAAAAGUAUUAUAAUUGAUAAUGCCUUUUUCUUUUUUUUUCAAGUGAAUUCACGAACUCGAGUUCCAUACAGCCGAUACCAAAGAUUAACGAUGUAUGAUUAAUUAACGAAAGAAAAACAAAAGAAAAAAAAAAAAAAAACAAGAAAAAAGGAAGC